CUGUGGUGGUGUUGCUCGCGCUUGACCAUAACGAAAACGAAAGUGUCAAACAUACAUACAAAUAUAUAUUGAACGUCUAAAUAAACGAGUGUUAAAAUGAAAGCGUUCGUCGUAGCCGGUAUUUGCUUGAUUAGCAUUGUUAGUUUAAGCUCUGCACAAUUCUCCAAUGGACGCGUUUUGGAUCCACCCAAUCCACAAUUGUGCGCUCAAAGGAUUAUACACGAAAAGACACCCGAUGGCAAAGGCUACUUCUUCUCGUGGCGCGACCCACAAUUGAAGGGUGUGGAAGAAGACUGGUUGACAGGCAGAAACUUCUGUCGCAGACGUUGCAUGGACUUGGUUUCAUUGGAAACUAGCUUAGAAAACGAAUGGAUUAAGCAACGCGUGGUUAACGAAAAUGUGAAAUAUAUCUGGACCAGUGGUCGUCUCUGCGACUUCAAGGGUUGUGACCGUCCCGAUUUGCAGCCCACCAACGUCAAUGGCUGGUUCUGGACCGCUACUCUGCAAAAAUUAGCUCCAACUUCCGAGCGCUCCCAGGGUGAUUGGUCGCCAAGCGGCGGUAUUGGUCUGCCCCAGCCCGACAACCGUGAAUACAAACAGAACGGUGCUCCCGAAAACUGCUUAGCUCUGCUCAACCAAUUCUACAAUGAUGGCGUCAACUGGCAUGACGUUGCCUGCCAUCACAAGAAACCAUUCGUGUGCGAGGAAAACGAUGCCUUGCUGAAGUACGUCCGCUAUACAAACCCAAACUUGCGCAUUUAAAUGUGGCAUUGUUUUGAAAUGUUUGCAUAGAAAGUAGAGCAAAUGGUGUGUGCAACCGUACACGAAAUUGCUAGAGUGAAACCAAAAAUGUUUUCUAUCAUAUAAAAUGUUAAUCUAUUUAACGCAGAUACUCAUAAGGGCAAUGCAUAUUUUCAUUUUUUCUUUCUUGUUUAUCCUACUCUGUUCUAUGUCCUUAUUUUAAGCAGUCAAAAGCUAGCAAAGUUUAUGUACCAUACUUAUAUUCGUUUGUGCUUAAUUAACUACAUACAUAUGUAAACAAGGACAUACCUUCGAAGAUUUUACGCUUUCUGAAUUUUCUGAUACUUUC